CCAGAGGAUUUUGCCAGUCCCUCUCUCUCUCUCUAUUUAUAAAUUGUCUCUCACCCAUCUUCAGCUAGAAAUUCCAUUUCUUUUGAUUUAAUUAAGGGAAGUGGAAUAACCAACAAAAAGAUAAAAAAGACAGAGAGAGAGAGAGAGAGAGAGAGAAAUAUAGAGGAUGAGCACAUCCUCUGUUUCCAUUACCAUUAUUCCUCUUCUUAGAUCUUAGUUUUCUCUCAUUUACUCAUCUGGGUUCUCCUCAUAUGGUAAAAUUCUCUUUGUUUUCUCUCUUUCUCUCUUUUCCUUGAUCUCUCCUGGAAAAUUGAUUUUUUUUUCUAAUACGGGUCCCUGAUCCACCUGAAUUUUGUAAUUCUUUGCUCAAUUUUGAUAUGUUGGGUCAUUAGGAAUUCUGGGUCCUGUUCUGAUUGUUGCACCAAGGAUCCGAUGGUACUAAAUCGAUUUUGAUAAUACCCACUUCGUGUUUGAUCGGGGCACCAACCGGGUUCUCUCUGAAUUUUCAUCGGAGAAAAGAUGGAAUCAGAUCUUGGAAAGCUCUUCAUUGGUGGGAUUUCUUGGGACACAGAUGAAGAACGUCUUAAAGAUUAUUUUAGGAAAUAUGGGGAAGUGGUGGAGGCAGUGAUCAUGAGAGAUCGUGCCACCGGUCGUGCUCGCGGCUUUGGUUUUGUUGUCUUUGCCGAUCCUUCUGUUGCUGAAAGAGUCAUCAUGGAUAAACACAUGAUUGAUGGCCGCACAGUUGAAGCAAAGAAGGCUGUUCCUAAGGAUGAUCAGAACAUUUUAAAUAGAAACACUGGUAGCUUUCAUAGUUCUCCAGGUCCUGGACGUACCAAAAAGAUUUUUGUUGGAGGUUUAGCGUCUACAGUCACAGAGAGCGACUUUAAGAAAUACUUUGAUCAGUUUGGCACAAUUACCGAUGUUGUAGUGAUGUAUGAUCACAACACCCAAAGACCAAGAGGUUUUGGCUUCAUCACCUAUGAUUCUGAGGAUGCAGUGGAUAGAGUGCUGCAUAAACAGUUUCAUGAACUGAAUGGUAAAAUGGUUGAGGUGAAGAGGGCAGUCCCCAAAGAGCUAUCCCCAGGCCCCAGCCGAAGCCCUCUUAUAGGAUAUAACUAUGGUUUGAGUAGGGCCAAUAGCUUCCUUAACAGUUAUGUCCAGGGUUAUAAUAUGAGCCCGGUUGGAGGUUAUGGAGUCAGGAUGGAUGGUAGGUUUAAUCAAGUUCCUAGUGGUCGAGGUGGGUUUUCCCCAUUUAGUACAACUGGUUAUGGAGUGGGUUUGAAUUUGGAGCCAGGGCUUAGCCCAAGCUAUGGUGGCAAUUCCAACUUUGGCAAUAGUCUUGGAUAUGCACGGAUGCUGAGUCCUUAUUAUAGUGGUAAUUCAAAUAGGUACAAUACACCUAUUGGGUAUAGUGGGGGUAAUGGAAGAAGUGAUUCUCUUAUAAGCUCAACGACACGGAAUGUAUGGGGAAAUGGGGGUCUUAACAGUGCUGCAAACUCUUCCGGCCCUGGUGCCUACUUGAGCUCUGGAAGUGGGGGUUUUGGAGUUUUUGGAAAUAGUGGUGCAAAUUGGGGCCCUUCUGCUGCUUCAACUCAAGGUGGAGGGAGUCCUCCCGGUUAUACUAGUGGGAAUAUUGGUUAUGGCAGUGGAGAGAGCAACUUUGGGUUGGGUGGGGGAGGGUAUGGACGAAACAGUGGCACAGGUGUAGCCCAAACAUCAUCAUUUGCUGCAUCAACUGGAGGAUAUGAGGGGUCCUAUGGUGACUUCUAUCGGAGUGGUUCAGUUUAUGGUGAUUCAACUUGGCGGUCUGCUACCCCCGAGCUAGAGGGCUCUGGCUCAUUUGGUUAUGGGCUUGGCAAUAUAUCUUCAGAUGUCACAGCCCAAAGUUCUGAGGGUUAUAUUGGAAGUUACAAUGUUACAAGUAGACAAUCGAAUAGAGGAAUUGCUACGUAGGAGAUUUGUUAUAUGGACAUCAUAUGGUAACGGUAGGUGAAGAGAAACUGGUCAAACAGGUGAAGGCUUGUGAAUUUCAUACAUCUCCCUUAUUAAGAUAUUUUAGCUUACAAGGAAGCUGAUCAUAUAAUGCUAACGGGGUUCCUUGAUUUGAAGUAUACAUAUUCAGAGAGAGAGAGAGAGAGCAGUUACAAGGUAUUUUGUGUAAGGUUUGGGAUUUCUUUUUUUUUCUUUUUUUUUUUUUUUUUCAGAACUUAGGUUCCUUUCUUGGAAUUUGGUUGAGGUGUAAAAUCAGAUUGCGGGAUAUAUACUCAGGAAGAUUGGUUCCAACUAAUGUAUCGUGCAUCUCUGGUGAGGCGCACCAGCGGUAGUGUGUUAAAAAAAGUAGAGUAUUAAUUGUUUUUUUUUUUUGGAAAUUUUUUCACUGCUGUAAUGCCUGGCAAAGUUGCCGGUUCUUGUCCUUAUAUUUCUUCCUCUGUUGGGAUUUGUUUCUCUCAGCUUGUAUGUGAGGUUCAGUUUGAUU